CUGUCCUUUCUCUUUGGUCGUUCAGAAAGCUUGGAGUUAGACUGCGUGGAAAGGGAUCCGUUCUCGCUGUGCAGAUAUGAAUACCGCCAUGAAAACGGCAUUGAACAGCUUCCAGGCCAACUCUAACUAUAUCAGAGCUGCCCUCUUUCAUUCGACUCCCAUUUUGGAUCGCAAAAGGCGAUCACAUUGGGAUUCUGGUGGGCGAGGAGCUUUUAGAGGCUCAUCAAAGAGGUUCAAUUAUUAUAGCAAAAAGUGCAGAAGGAUGGAUGCAAAAGAGACAUUACUGCGAAAUGUCAGUGCUUAUGCAGAUUAUCUAUUUCAGAGCUGGCAGUCUGACGAUGAAAACAUCUCGUCUUCAAGUAAAGAAGGCUCAUGGUUCAGACGGCGUUACUGGACUAAGGGAAGAAAAACAAGCAGCUUCCAUCAGGGAUCUCAAUAUAGGGGUAGAAGAAAAGGGGUUUUUGAGUUCUGCUUUGGUGAUGAAGAAGAAGUUGAGACCAUAUUUCAAUCUGCAUUUGGUGGAGGGCGAUACUUUUAUUGGUCUUUUAUUAAUGAAGAGGAUUCUCGUUGGAGGAAUUCAUCUUACUAUUCUAACAAGUACCAGGGGUCCCAGAAUUGGAAAUAUUGGAGUGGAGAUGAAUACGAAGCUUCUACAGAGCAUGACACUUCUCAGUCAAAUUUAACUUCAGAACGGCUAGCCCUUGGUUUGAGUGCUUCUGGUUCUUUGAAACUUGAAGAAGUAAAGAAUGCAUACCGAGUGUGUGCCUUGAAAUGGCAUCCAGAUCGUCAUCAAGGUUCUUCUAAGGCUGUUGCAGAAGAAAAGUUCAAGCUCUGUAGUGCAGCAUAUCAAUCAUUAUGUGAUAAACUUGCUGUAGGUUAAGCUAAGAUACCUUGUAGCUGGCAUUCAGAGACCAAGACAAGUCUCCUCAACUUGAUGCAGGAUUCUUUGCAUGUUCAGAUAUAACAACAUGCAUCAAUCAGAUGUUGCCUGAAUUACAUAUACAAUCUCAUUGGGGAUCUUGGACCAAGAAAAGAUUUUUCAAAAAAAAAAAAAAAUCUUGGACCGAGGAAAGGCGUACCGUGCAAUCACAGUUUCGGUAGACUGAGUCAAUUUAAAUGUCUUGAUGUAUGACUGCCAUGUCUUUUGUUUAUUUAUGUUGCUUGAGAAUGUAAGGAUAACGCUGGUCCCAUAUGAUAAGCCAAAAGCAGUGGUGGCAGGGACUAAAAAGAAUAGAAAUUCAUGCAUAGAAGUAUUUAUAAUCUAGAAUAAAAAAAAAAACUUAUUUUUGUGCCA